AUCCCUGGAAGGAUGACGGGAAAGUCCUGCCGACGGGGGGAAGCAGCCACGGCGGCUAUAAAAGGAGGCUGGAGCAGACUACAACCCGCACUGAGCCCACAAGUCCAAAACAGAUAACAAGAUGCUGAAGGUGGCGCCGUUAAUGCUGCUGCUGCUGCUAGCAGCAGGUGGGGCCCUUGGUGACCGCGACCUGAACCAAUAUACUCCCGGCCGUCCUAUCCACCACACAUACCCUGGAAUAAUGCCAUUUGGCGGUCGUCAUCGCUUCCGACGUUCACCACAGGAUAAUCAUCGUGCGACAAGACCUGUCCCUAAGCCAGUCAACGGCCCAUUUAUAUCCCCGGUGCCUCAACCAGGCUAUGAGGGCGUCCAGACUCUGCCUGCUGUUGUGCCUGGACGUACUCCCGUCCAGACGCUCCCCGCGAAACUGCCAGAGAGACGUGAAGGCGAGCUGCCUCCUGCAAGCGAACUUACCAGACCAUUCAAGCGUCCACCGCAUGCAAAGCCGCAAGUAUCACCAGUGCCCCCCACGGGCAAUGUUCCUGUCCAGACACUGCCCGAGAGACUGCCAGCGAGACGCGAAGGCGAGCUGCCUCCUCCAAGCGAAUCUACCAAACCAUCCCAGCGUCCAAAGCCUCAAGUAUCACCCUUUCCCCCCACGGGCAAUGUUCCCGUCCAGACGCUGCCCGAGAAACUGCCAGAGAGACGUGAAGGCGAGCUACCUCCUCCAAGCGAGCUUACCAGACCAUUCCAGCGUCCACAACAUACAAAGCCCCAAGUAUCACCCAUUCCCCCCGAGGGCAAUGUUCCCGUCCAGACGCUGCCCGCAGAACUGCCAGGUGCCCGAACAAGCGAGCUGUCUCCUCAUAAAGAAACAAGACCUGUCGCCCGUCCACCACAUGAGCGCCCCCUGAUAUCACCCGUGCCUCCCCAGGGCCAUGUUCCUGUUCAGACGCUGCCUGCCACCAUCUCCAACCCUACGGGCAGAGAUCAAGGCUUGUGGUGUGACUUCAAGUGCCCAGUUGUAUCACUUGCCUCGGUGCCUAACGUGGCCAGCUUGACGGGGCACCAAACUUACACCUACAUUCUGCGUUGUGGCACCAAGAACCUUAUUCAUGCCCCCGGACUGAUGCUGGGAGGACCUGUGCAGGCUUGUGGCCGGGGGGCGGGGUGGGCUGGACGUGUGGCCUGUGGGUGUGGCCGGGGGGCGGAGUGGGCUGGACGUGUGGUUUGUCGGUGUGGACGUGUGGUUUGUCGGUGUGGGGGGCGGGGUGGGCUGGACGUGUGGCCUGUGGGUGUGGCCGGGGGGCGGGGUGGGCUGGACGUGAGGCCUGUGGGUGUGGCCUGGGGGCGGGGUGGGCUGGACGUGAGGCCUGUGGGUGUGGCCUGGGGGCGGGGUGGGCUGGACGUGUGGUCUGUGGGUCGAGGGAUAUGUGCGGCCUGGGCUACUAGCCCACCGCGACCCAACGUUCCCAGUUUCCAAAGGCCUCACCCUGAUCCCCGGCCUCCGCCUUUCAAUAGGCCACAACCUUUCCGCGGUCGCCGUGACGUUCACUUGCGGCCCGCAGCGCGCCCCGUCACGCUGCCUGCCCUCCUGCCUGGGGGUCGUACAGGAGAGCUGCCUCCCAAGCACACACUGACGCGACCCUUCCCUCACUCGAGCGGCUAAUAUCAGCGAUGCCGCCGUCAAACGCUCGGAUAAGCAAGAUCAGCGAGCAAGCGGUGCAGGAAUGAGUUGCUUGACCUGGACCGAGCGGCAAUCCCGCCCUGGACCGUGCCACCCUACUUGUCCUGCAGGACCACUCAACACUCAUUUGGCGGAGACAAAAUUUUCUUUAGUGUCACAGUAAAGCAGACCUAUCAAUAUGCCUUCUGUAUGGUAACUAUUAUAGCAUCCUUAAUAAAGUUCUGUGCCUCA